AUGUCUUUUCUCGAAGUUUUAGGUAAUUAUCGAAAAGAAUUCCCUCUCGAAGAAGAAGAGGAAGUUUUUGCAGGAAUUGGGAGUUUACUUAAAGAAGCAGAAAGGGUAAAUGGCAUUCUCCAAAUUCUGAAAAAUAAAAAUUCGGGUGUUCAUCGAAUUCUAAUGAGAAAAAACAAAACAUACGAAACAUUAAUGAAUCAUUACAUUACACCAGAUAUGUAUUUGUAUCCAAAUGAACUUAUUUGGUCUGCGGAAGAUUUUUCAACUGGAACACCUACAAAUACAAAAAUGAAUAUAGUUUUUCCAAAGUCUACUAACUGGGCAGCAGAAUUUCGACAAUAUUUCAAUGAAGCUCGCUAUAAAAAUGAACAAAUUUUAACUCCGAACAAAACUAUUAAAUCUUAUAUCGAAGAUUUAUCAAAAAUAAAAGAUAUAGAAUCAGCAGAUAUCGAAGAAUACGCCAAAAUGUUCAAAUUUUUGAUUGCAGAACCAUCAUUUUUCAAUUUACCUCUAAAGCACAUCUAUCGUUUAGUCAAAGAGUCAAAUUACGUUUUUACACCCGAUGAAGCGUCAAGAUUUUUGUUUUUGACAAAAUCUAACAAUAAAUCUUCGAUAACUAUCUUAUUAGACGUAAUUGAUUGCGGAGAUUUAUCUCCAGUUGAUUCUCUUAAACUACUAUCAGCAUUUGGCAACUGUCCACUACUCAAACCUCUUAUUUCUAACAUAAAUGUAAUAUCCAAUGCAAUAAAUGCUCAAGAAAAAGAACUUGAUGAUGCCAAAAAGGAAUUGGGUGAUAGAGAAAUAUAUUUCAUUGGAAAAUGCAUGCUUUCUAUCGAUAAUAAUGAAGAAGGAGAAUCAUUUGUUUCAAUUUCUUAUUAUAAUGGCUAUAAAAUGGCAUUCCAAUUCAUUGGAAGCGAAAAAGCUAGAAUUGAGAUCAGAAUUGAUGAAUAUCAGCAUCUUGAUCCAAAUUAUGAGUCAUUUACUCAAGAUGGCCAUGAAUACAGCAUAAAAUUCAUACCACAGGACACAAAAAUAAUCGAAGAGUUCAGAAGAGUACAAUACAAAGCAAAAUACAACGUUUACCAAAAAAAUGUUAAUUAA